UGUCGAGCUGGCGUUGGUGGAUCCAAGUGCGAUCAUUGUCUGCCCGGAUUCUGGGGUCUGCACUUGAUUGCUGCCGCAUGCGGCUGCUCUGCCUUCGGCUCUUCGCGAUCUGACUGUGAACAAUCUACGGGCAGAUGUGAGUGCUCCCGAGGUGCUCGUGGUAAGACAUGUGACCGAUGUAUGGACGACUACGUUAUGACAGCUUCUGGAUGCGUGGAGAAAGAAGAGUUCCGUGCACCGAGAAGUUGUUCCACAUUGGAAUGCCAUCAUGGAGCGAAAUGUGUGGAAUCUCGAAGUGGGCUUCCCAAUUGUGAAUGCCCAACACACUGUGAUGUCGGGCAUCUUGGUAUAGAUUCGUCAGAACCUCGUGAAAGGAGCAACCGAGAAAAAGACAGCUCUGUCUUACAGUAUCUUCCACCUUGUACAUCUUCCAGCGACUGCAAAGCGAUAGGAGCUGUUUGUGAGCCGAUUGACGCGUUCUCUGGAAUGUGCAAGUGCUCCAUGGGUGAAGUGUUUCUCAGAGGACGUUGCCGAGCAGACAAAAAAUCGACUCUGAAUCUGGACGUGGAAGAAGAUCGCGUUUAUGGAAUUGACAAGCAGGAUCUUCAUCUUCACAUGAACAUAUCGCUUCAGAUAAAUCACGUUCUUCCUUAC